CCUCCGCGGAACUCGGGGGGUAUGGGGCGUGCGGCGGCCCGACGCCGUGCAGCUGGCACGCAGACCUCCUCGAUCGGAACGGGGCAGGAGGCGGCCACCAGGGUCUAGGCUGUGCGCGAGAGGCCCACGCAGCCCCGCUGCUCCGACCCCCGGAAUCCGCCCGGUCGCGGGCCAGAACGCCAACCGCACCCCCAGUGCGAGUGGAUUGGCCGCGCCUUCCGGUGCGCCCUGCGCUCCGCCUCUCCAGGCAGGAAGUGCCGGCGCCGCCACGGACCGGCCACAGCCCCGCACUCGGUCGCCGUCUCAUCUUGGGCAUCACCGCUUCGAGUGUCUGGCGCCAGAAAUAAACAGCCACCAUGUCGAGCAAAAAGGCCAAGACCAAGACCACCAAGAAGCGCCCUCAGCGCGCGACAUCCAAUGUGUUCGCCAUGUUUGACCAGUCACAGAUCCAGGAGUUCAAAGAGGCCUUCAACAUGAUCGACCAGAAUCGAGACGGCUUCAUCGACAAAGAGGACCUGCACGACAUGCUUGCCUCACUGGGGAAGAACCCCACGGAUGAGUACCUGGAUGCCAUGAUGAACGAGGCGCCGGGCCCCAUCAACUUCACCAUGUUCCUCACCAUGUUUGGGGAGAAGCUGAACGGCACAGACCCCGAGGACGUCAUCCGCAACGCCUUCGCCUGCUUCGAUGAAGAAGCCACAGGCACCAUUCAGGAGGACUACCUGCGAGAGCUGCUGACAACCAUGGGAGACCGCUUUACAGACGAGGAGGUGGACGAGCUCUACAGAGAAGCUCCCAUCGACAAGAAGGGGAAUUUCAAUUACAUCGAGUUCACACGCAUCCUGAAACACGGGGCGAAGGACAAGGAUGACUGAGACAACUUAGCCCAGAUCUUCUCUUAUGUUCUCCGACUCUGUUCUGUCCCUCAGAUACUCCCCCACCCUCAUAGAACCUGUUGCAUGCAACUUAGUUUCACAGCUUUGCCCCCUUUUUUGAUGUAUUUAUUCCAGACCUUUCUGCCACUUAUUAGCACAUGUGUAAUCAGACUGGAAAUGGGGACGGACAAGGCUGUAAAUUGUAUUGAAAAAGAGAUUGCGAAUAAAAAUCAACAAAUGUGAAAGCCCAGGAAAUAUAUCCGUAUUUCUGGUUUUGCUGGAUUUUUACCUUUUUACAUAAUAAAAAUGCUAUUUUGAAAUAAA